UUCUUAAAUAUAAUUUUGUCUUUCAUGUUGUUUCUUCAAAAUAAUGAAUACCUUUGUUAAAGACUGGAUCGAGUUGCAAAUGCGGGGAUUCCGCUCGGUUGUGUUUAAUGUUGAGGCAAUGUUCGUAAGAUUGCAAUGUUCAUAACAUUGCAUAGUAUUGCGUGGGCCAAUAUAACACCUAGUUUAUUACACGUAGCUGACAUGUUGCUGAGGGAUUCAUGUUCGUCCGUUUCCCGAUUGUUGGUAAAAGUCUUAAAAAACGCAGGUCCAGCAUGGCGGUUACAAUUGGCGUGUGUACAUCUGCCAUGGAGUCUAACGUCAGCGUGCUCUUGUCCAAGUUGAGAUCGAGUCUGCCGAUGAUCACCAUCAUGAUGGUGUCCUUACCUUACAACGAUCUCGACAGCUUUCGAUUAGAGUUACAAGGUCUUGAUGGGUUGAUCCUUUGUCAUUCUAUCAACAACCGUCGCCUUGCCAUAACCAAUGUCUUGGAUGCACUCUAUGAUAAGUUCUUGCCCAGAGCAAAGAAAUUGCUGAGUAAGAGGAACGUAGCCGUAAUUGCGCAUGACUUCAGCUGGCCAUUCCAGAAGAAAGCUACACUCGAAAGUUUCCAGGUGAACCAACCGACGGCUGUGGAUUGCUCUUCACUCCUCAUCUUCUGUGGUAAGUUGGACAACACCCGGGAUAAUACCCUGCAGAUGGAUGACUUCGAUUGGAACCAACUUUUGAAAUUUGCAAUGAACGUCACACCCCAGAAGAGGUCUCAGGAGCAAGCACCCACUGGUGGAUCAGGGAGUUCCCUGUUUGGAUCAUCUGUAGAUCUGCUUUGGGCAUCUUGUAAUAAGUCCAUGCUUUGGGAAUGGAUCCAGUCCGCAAUGAGUCUCUUUGUUUGCAUCAUUGUAGUCAUCGUCGUGAGCGUUAUCACGAUCGUAACCAUUGUCGGUUUAUUUCCAUUUGUAAUGAUAAUAUCGGCUGUCUUUUUGUUGCUAUAUUGGUUCUUGAAGAACGUACGUCAUCACAGUGAAGCCAAAAAAAGUAUUCAAAGUCAGCCUGUAUGAUGUCAAGAGUGAGGUAACCAGCCACUAUUGAAAAGAUAAAGAAAGGGUAUUGAGGUACAUGUGGUAUACGUGCACUUAUCCAGUAUGGCGUGCUCAUUUUUCCAAAGCUUUUUACAACCACUUUUCUGAGAAGGGCCCAUUUCUUGAAUUGUGUUUUCUCCUCUGAGCGAAAGGGAGAUGGCUCCAGUUUGUCCAGGUUAUUGUGUUUUUAGCAUGUCAUAUUUUUCAUAAGGGAGUGCUAUUUUUUUUUUUUAGUAAUAACAGUUAAGUUUUGUUUAUUUGUUCGUCAUGAUAUUUUAUGUGAGCCAUCUUGUAUAAAAUUGUACUCGUCCAGUUCUUUGAAGGGAGGAAGGAUCAAUAUUUGUAAAUCAGAUACAGCGACAGGCUGGUAGAAAGUCAUUUUUACACCACGCCAUGCAUUGUUGAAUGCUUAUGACAAAAAUUACGAGCCAUGCUGAGAAGAAAAAAAAAUCAGUUUUACAAAAUCAUCGCUCGCAAGAUUAUGGAAUAUUUUCAUUAUUUUGUAUAGAUAUCUUUCAUCACCAUGACGUCAUUUACCCAUGAUUUGAUAUGUUGAUAUUCCAGCAUCAUGACAUCUUUUUAUUUUUUAAUUUAAAAUAUCCGAGCAUCUGCGUGUGUGUGUGUGCGUGUGCUUGUGGGCGUUUCUUUGUUUGAAUUUCAAACCAAUUUGCAUUUGACUUUGGUUCUUAUUUUCUUCAGCCGCUUUCGAAAUUGUUGAUUGUUGACCUGUAUUGUAAAUUAAAUAUAACAAGAGGAGGUGAUAUAUAGGGGACAUCCCGUAUUAUCAUUU